CUCGUUUCGUUAUUGAAAUUGACUUCAUUCGGCCACCAUACCUGGGCUGGCGGGACUCAGGAAAAUGCCCAUAUGCCACUGUGUUGUACAUUGAGUGGGAUUUUUUCUAAAUAUACUUUAGAACAUGGAAGGCACAAACGCAAAAUACGUGUCACAGAAAAUCAGUAAAACGAGAUGGAGACCGGUCUCAUCUUCUUCUUUACAACAACCGGAAAUCUUUGCCACUGGCUCUUGGGACAACGAGGACAACAAAGUUUCCAUUUGGUCCAUCGGAGAGAAGGGUGUCAGUGGUAUGGAAGAUGAAUUCGAGGGAGACCCACAGUUGAUAAGUGAACUAAAGCAUGAUGGAGAUGUUCUAGAUCUUCAAUUUCUGGAUCAAGACAAAAUAGUUACAGCAUCGUCGUCAGGUGCGGUGACCAUAUACCGUCAUCAUCAUACGAACCAGACAUUAUCUGUGUCUCACCAAUGGGGAAGAGCUCACCAUUAUCCAUGUGACAAUGCCCCAUGCACUGGGGUUGUUUGUAACAGUCCUGAGAUUGUUACCGUUGGUGAAGAUGGCAGAAUAAUUAUCUUCAGAGCUGACCAGGAGGAGGUGAUACGCACCAUAGAAAAUGCUGAUAGCAGUACCAUUCAUGCCGUAACGUUUCUGAGGACAACUGAGAUCCUUACCGUGAACUCAAUUGGUCAGCUCAAGCUUUGGGACCUCAGGCAGCAAGCCAAUGAACCGUCACAGAUUCUUUCUCUAACUGGAGAUAGAGUCCCGUUGCAUUGUGUGGACAGGCACCCAAACCAACAACAUAUUGUGGCCACCGGGGGGCAGGAUGGAAUGCUCUGCAUCUGGGAUGUGAGACAAGGCAACAUGCCAUUUUCUCUCAUGGAUGCACACUCUGCUGAAAUGUGGGAAGUCCAUUUUCACCCCUCCAACCCAGAUCAUCUCUUCUCGUGUUCUGAGGAUGGUUCGCUGUGGCACUGGGAAACAUCCACAAACUCGGACACUACGUCGUUCUUACAAAGUGGACGGAACACAAGUAUGAUUUCCCGGAGUGCUGGUGCCCUGGUUGGAGAGAACCAGUCUCUCGUCAACGCCUGGCUCACUGGAGACUCUAGUAAAGGCCGCCUGGAGACGACAAAUAUGCUUCCCAGCCAGACUCUUUCUGUGAACAGUCUAGACAUACUGGGACAGUGCCUGGUCUGUGGGACUGAUGGGGAGGCUGUGUAUGUCAACAGACAAGUCCCAGUUUAAAAGCACGGGGUCUUUGUUGUUGUAGAAAGAAUGUGCUGUGUGUAGUUGCAAUGCGUAUCCUGACCUUUUAUGUGAUGUUGUCCCCAUGACGGUAAAUAUCUGUAGUUUCUUGUUAUAGUCUCUGUUUAUUGAAAGAAUAAUCAUCAUCUUAUAUAACAUUAAUACUGAGAUGCUACUCUGUUUGGGGUGUUGAUUGUUUGCUCCAUAUGCAGAGUACUCGGGUGGGGAAAAUUACAUUAUUUUGUAACUCUUGUUUUGAAAUAAAAGGCAUCUGUGAAAACG